CUCUACCAAGGGCCAGCUUUCUGGGACAACCUCUCCGAGAUCUUCUUGACCAAAGGAGCGUUGAAAGAAUUCGACCACAGAAACGUUCGCCCAAAACUGACCCCGAGGUACGAUAUGUUCUACGCUACUCAACCCUGUGUUCUGGUAGCGGACGUUAUCAACACCUGUACACCAACUCAGCUGAAAGAACUCAAACGCUCAUCUCGACACGGCGGUCCGGACAACUCUGACCUGCGCGAUUAUCCCUUUCCGGACAUAGUCGACGUAUACUCAGUGGACCCAACAACAACAAUGCAGUCGACCAACUCAAGGGGCACGGAAAAGUCUCCGCCGACCAAAAAGAAAAGACUCACUACGGCCUACUGCGCGAAUUUCGAGCAGCAUCUUAUUGAUUAUUACGUUUACCCUCCCAAGUUUCAACGCCCGGACGGCUCUUGGCCGGCAGCGCCACGGAAUCUAGAUGUUAUAACCGACCGAUUAGCUCAACGUCGACCGUCUCUUACAGCGGAUACUUUCACCGACGAGGCCUUCGACAAGUUCCAGAUUGCAGACAUGGGCACAAGGAAAGAAAACCAGGUCAAAAAUGCCGUCAUCCCCACUAUAGAGGGUGAUUCAAGAUGCGUUGCAGGAUACAUGUUUACAAACCUGGAUCCGCUGACCGACAGCAGCCUCGUCUAUGCCAACCCGGAUUACCUGUCCGGCACACGUCCUGAUAAACUCGAUCAGCAGGUCCGCAUUGACCUCAACAAACAGAUCAUUAUGUCGAAGGAAAGUGAUCUGCCCAUUCUUGCCAACUUUUUCCUGGAAGUCAAACGUCCCGGAGGAGAUGCUUUGGUCGCACGUCGACAAGCUUGUUACGACGGUGCUCUAGGAGCCAGGGCCAUGAAUGCCCUUCGUGUCUACCAGCCGGAUAGAAAAGAUGAGGAGGAGCAGAUAGCGGUGUAUGACCACAACGCCUCCACCAUCACCGCUACUUACGUGGAUGGGGCCCUUAAGCUGUACGCUCACCAUAUUGCCGAGCCUCAAACUCCCGGCGGUCGACCUGAAUAUGUCAUGACCCCCCUGAGAAGUUUCUUGAUGACGGAUUGUGCAGAUGGUUUUAGACAAGGAGCUACAGCCUACCGAAACGCUCGGGAUUGGGCGCAGGAACAACGGGACGAUUUCAUAUCGCGGGCAAAUGAGAGACAACGGAAG